AAAUGGCUGUGUGCUGAGUGCAAGAAAAUGGAGGAUUCUACGGAUUUGUGAAGUUUUCCAAAUGGUGUAUGGGAGGAGGAUUAAAUUAUGGCAUCUAAUAGUGACGGUUCCGCGAGCAGCAACGGGACUUACAACAAGCAACAAUAUGAAAAUACUGCAAAAGACUUGGUCAAUUCCCGGAGGAAGUGCGAUCACCCCCAACCCUUGUUUAGUGAUUUAGAAUACUACAGAGAACAACACAGGGCAGCAAUGAAUCAGCUGGAAGUAUCUUCGCAGGACUCGGCCGCUUUGCGGAACAAAUUCACCGAGCUCCUGGCAGAAAAUAAGCGCCUCGAUCAAGAAAAUCAAUGCCUACGCAAAGAUUUGCAAGAACACAACAACGAAAAUGCACGGCUAUCGAAACAAUGCGAAAAACUGGGACAGGAUAAAGGCGAUGCAAUGAGGGAAGUGGCAGGUCUGAAACAGCAGCUGGUUAAGUUUUAUAACAGCUUACUGCACUCGAGAGAAACGUGCCAAAAGGUGCAAGCUCAAUGCGACAAUGUAACCGCUCGUUUAAAUAAGGAUAUAAGUAGGCUUACUGAAGAAAGAAACGCCGCUAUGACGGAAUAUGCCCUCACAAUGAGCGAAAGGGACACAGUUCACAAGGAAAUGGAAAAACUGAGCGACGAUCUGGCGCAGGCUGUGAAAAAGAUCAAAAUGCUGGACGCCGACAACAAGGAACUGCAAGACGAAAAGCGCGGUCUCAAUUUCCAACUGGAGUCGCUCAGGCGGGAGAUUUCCAGCGCUCUUCAAGAAAGAGACAAGGCGAUCAAAGAGUGCAACGAUCUGAGACAGAAGUUCGGAGAGUUGGGCGCUUCGAGCGAGGGACAUCUGUUGACGGGCGAUCUAAGUAAAAAGAGCAGAGGCAGGUUAAUUGAUAGUUUGGGACAUAUCACUGAAAACGGCAUGAGGAAGGAGCAUUUGAGGGAGGAUGCCAGAAGUAUUGGUCAACGCCAAAGACUAGACAACCUGGACAAGGCGAACGAAGAACUCGAAACGCUGCGCAAAUCGCUCGACAAAGCUCAAACCGAGCUGGCCGAGGCGGUGCAAGAGGCGGAAGUGUCGAAAGGCCGUCGCGACUGGGCGUUCAGCGAACGCGACAAGAUCGUGCUGGAGCGCGAGUCCAUCCGAACGUUGUGCGACAACAUGCGAAAGGAGCGCGACCGAACGGUGUCGGAGCUGGCCGAGUCGCUGCGCGAGUCCGACAAUCUCAAGGUGCAGAGGAACGAGCUGGCCAAGCAGGCGAAGGCCCUGCAGUUGGCGUUGGAUACUCAGCUGGAGCGCGAGCAGAAUAGAAUACAGGAUCAUGAUUUGGACCACCAAUGCGGUCACACUGAAGUAGUCGAAUUAGAGCUAACUCCAGCGGAUGAAGAAGGCUUGGAGCUUGCGGGUUCCGUAUAUGUGGCGUCUGUGGCGCCAUCUUCGCCCGCCUCAGGGAAGCUUUUCCCGCACGAUCGUAUUUUACGCGUAAACGAUGUCGAUUGCAGUCAGGUUUCGCAGCGGAUGGUCACCGAGGCUAUCAAGUCGAGCAUGCCUGUGGCCAGAGUGUUGGUGAAGAGGACUAGAUGUGCCAGAAAUGAGGUUCGAGCUUCAAGUGAGCAAGUUACAAAAUGGAUUCACACAGCUAGAUUAGCACCAGCUUGUCAUGGUUUGUCCCUAAAAACUGGUUACUACAUCAGCCGAAUAAGUGAGGGAAGCCUUGCAGCUAGAGAUAAAAGUCUUACUGUGGGAGACAGAGUUUUAAGAAUUAAUGACAGAUCUUUGGAGGAAGUGAAGAGCGCCCACGAGGCGAUGCUGAUCCUCAACGACGGUUCUUCCGACAUCAUCAACCUGACCACCCUGAAGAUGAGCUACCCCGAGUGCCCGAACGUGUUCCAGCCGGCCGCGAGGCGCGUCAAGCGCGCGCAGAACAGCUCGCAAACCGAGGACUGGAUACAGAACAGCUCGGCCGCGUCGUCCGAUUACGGCGGCGGCGGCGGCGGCAGCAAGUACGGCUCGCAGACGCCCGAAAAGAACAACGGGAGCGCGUGGCUGAAGGAGAAGUUCGACAUUAUGAGAGGCAGAAGGCCGGACAAGAAGAACAAAUACAGGAAUAGCAGUCCUAAUCCGUUGGAGUUUGAACGGGAGCAUGAGCAGGUUCUGGCCGACUUCGAUUCCGUCCUGGAGACGUACGGCGGCACCGUGAAGCGCCAACCGAACAAGCGGCACAGCGCGCAGUACGUCAAAGAGGAGAAAAACAACGGCGGCACGUGGCCGAAGGCGCGCGCCAUGCAAAACCUCGAGGGCAACGUCAGCACGGUGGUGAAACGCACCAAGGAGCGCCCCGCGCUCAGCAUCCUGCACACGAGCAUCGACACCGACUACACGUACAACCGGAACCCGGCGCCUCUGUCGAGCCUGCAGCCGAGCUCGGUCGACCGACAUUCGGUGUUCAAGAGCGUCGACGCCAGCCAUCAGUUCGGCGUGGCCGACAGUUUCGAGAAGUUGAGGAACGCCGUCAGCAAUGGCAGUACGAAUAACAACAGGUUCAGCGUGAACAAUUCCGAUAAUAGUUUGGAUUAUCAGGUGCAACAUCGUUGCAUCGAUAUUGUGAAUUGCAAUAAGAAGCACCACAGAUCACCAAAAUACAGCUCUGACUCGGAACGCGACAGCAUCAUAGGCGGCCCGCUGCCCGACUCCGUGUCGGCGCACAGCCGCCUGCCUUCCGCGCAGAUGUUCGCGCACCCGCGCCUCCUUCAUCCCUUCCAUCCGCACCACCCGAACCUGCUGAAUCACUCGUCGCGCGAGUCCUUCAGCUUCGAGCCGCACCCGUUCGGCCACGGCCACAGUCCGUCGGUCGACAUCGGCGGCUUCGCUCGGCGCCCCGAGCCGCUGGGCGGCGGGACGUUUCCGAGGAAGAGAGGCGACGAACGGUUCAGGGUGCCGUCAAACCCGUCAGUCACCAGAACGGAAUCGGGCAGCUUGGAGCGCGGCAGCUCCGACCGCGGCAGUCCGAUGCCGAUUUUUCAGGUGGAGGUCCUCAGCAGUCCGGGGGACCACCACGCAGGCUGCGGGGGAGCGCCGACCUCCGGCUCUAAGGACUGCUGCUCGUGGGGCUACAAGCCGGUGCCCGGCGAGCUCCGACGCGUGCACAUCGACAAGUCGAACGAGCCGCUCGGCAUCCAGAUCAACUGCCCGGACGCGGGCGGGAUCUUCGUCUCCACCGUGAACGAGAACAGCUUGGCGAGCAGGGUGGGCCUGCAGAUCGGCGAUCAGCUGCUCGAAGUGUGCGGCAUCAACAUGCGCAAGGCGACCUACAAUGUGGCGGCCAACGUGCUCAGGCAGUGCGGCAAUUCCAUCACCAUGCUAGUUCAAUAUAGCCCCGACAAGUACCACGAGCUGGACGGCGUCUCGAACAGCUGCUCGGGCUCGAUAUCGAACGAAGAAGACGUGGACGAGGACGAAGGCGAGGGCGAGGCGACGCCCUGCAACUCACCGAAGGAAGUGCGCAAAUCUUCGAGCCUCCAGAUGAAACCCGGCCUGCUGAGCGGCAUGCAGCGGCAAAUCGGCAGCCCGAUACCGCCCACGAAAUCUUCGCGUUCGGCUUCCGAAGAACCUCGGUACUUGUGCAUCGAGACCCUGAAGACUUCCAACUUGGGCAUAUCGCUGGUCGGCGGAAACGCCGCCGGCAUUUUCAUUCACUCGGUGCAGCCGGAUUCGUUGGCGUAUCUGGCCGGGCUGAGGACCGGCGAUCAGAUUAUGGAGUACAACAACAGCGAUUUGAGGAGUGCCACCGCCGAAGAGGCCGCCUACGAGUUGGCCAAGCCGGCCGAUAAAGUUACCGUUUUGGCGCAUUACCGAGUCGAUAAAUACAACGAGAUAAAAGACAAACCGGGCGACAGUCUUUACGUGAGAUGCGGUUUCGAUCGAACCGGCAACGAAAUGACGGAACCGCCCGAACUUUCGUUCGCCAAAGACGACGUUCUCUACGUCGACAACACGAUGUUCAAUGGCGUGCCCGGUCAGUGGCGUGCGUGGAGGCUGGACGGCGACGGGCACAGACAGCAGUGCGGCGUUAUACCCAGCAAGUACAAGGUUGAGGAAGAGCUAUUGGUAAGAAGAGGAGCGGAUGUAGAUGGCGGGAGCGGCAGUAGAGGCAGCACGACCGCGCGAAGAUCGUUCUUCCGACGGAAAAAGCACAGGGGCGGCUCGGGGUUGAGCUCGAACAGGGACUCCAAAGAGCUGGCCAGUUUUUGCAAUUUGAGCCCGGGCUGGUACUCGGACAGCGGCUCGUUGCACGAGGAUUUAUCUCAAGUUUCCUACCAAAGAGUCGAAAGACUUCAGUAUCCCGAAUACCGCCCGGUGCUGGUGCUGGGUCCGCUGUCCGAAUGCGUGGCCGACAAGCUGGUGACCGAUUUUCCGGACAAGUUUCAACGAGCCGCCACCGACUCGAGGCGCUGCACGCAGGCGCAGCUCGAUCGCGAUCUGGCCGACGGACACAUCGUGGAGUAUCGGAAACGGGGCUCUUACUACGAGUGCCUGACUGUGUCCGCUAUAAGAACCGUGGCCCAAGCCAGAUUGCAUUGUAUGUUGGACGCGUCUGCCACUCAAACACCUUGUAUAGAGCGCCUCCACCGUCACCACAUCUACCCGGUUGUGCUUCUCAUCAAAUUCAAAUCCACGAAGCAGAUUCGCGAAGUGAAAGACACCCGGUACAGUCCGGACAAGUUGUCCGGCAAGGCGGCCAAGGAGAUGUACGAACACGGUCACAAGCUCGAAGCCGAGUACCGGCAUCUUGUGACAGCUGUGGUAUCAGCGGGCGCCAAUGUGGCGCACGUCUGCGCCCAGGUGAAGGCGGCGGUGGAUUUGGAGCACCGUAAGAGCCAAUGGGUGCCCGUCAAAAUGAUGCACUAG